AUGCCCUUGCCAUUCGGCCUAUAUCUGAAGAAAACUACUCGACAAGAAGCCCUAGCCACCGAAUAUGUACGCCAGCACACGACAAUCCCUGUCCCUAAAGUUCUCGACGUCGUCCCUUUCCAUGACCGGUUCUACGUACUGAUGACGAAGGCACCUGGUGAGCAGCUAGAGAAGCGCGCAGGGCACAUCAGCAGCCUCUCGCCUCGUCAGCUCCAAGUUCUCCAGGACACGCUACGCGACUGGUUCGACCAGCUCAGAGCUCUCGUGCCUCCGGACCCGCACGCGGUGUGCGGCUUCGGCGGUAAUGGCGUCAGAAGCUUCCGCAUCAGCUAUGAUCGCUACGUGGGGCCCUUCGCCUCAGAGAUGGAAUUCAACAAGAGGCUGCUGCAGUACAACGAGGCGACGCAUACGGAGUUAGCUGCUGCAAGUCACUCGAAGUCACAUCGCAUAUACUUCACACACGGCGAUAUCAACCCUACGAACAUACUGAUUGAUGAAGAUAUGCGACCUGUCGCUCUCGUCGAUUGGGAGUGUGCCAGUUGGAUGCCCGAAUACUGGGAGUACACAACUGCUCUGUACUUCAUGUACCCCAAUUACACGGAGUGGUGCGACUUGUUCACUGGCAUUUUUCCAGACUAUCGCGUUGAGCUUGAAGUGGAAUAUGAGAUAGCUAAGGUCGCGAAUCUGUGGUGA